UCCAGUUUAGGCGUCGUCCAUGAACUCGAUAUCAGAGCAACCUCGCAGCAAUACUUUCAAGACUUCCGUCAUCCCUGCGACGCAACCUUACUGCCGUGGUCUGAGAUUAUUUCUAUUGACUGAACCUUUAUCCAUUCCUUCCUUCACAAACUCUACUUUUCAACGCGCUCAUAGUUGUGCGACCAUAAUGGAGUCCAUGGAGCCGGACUCGCCUUUCGCGGCCGUGAGCGCGCAGGGGUCCAAAAUUCAAAGACAUUACCAAGCCCUCCUGGACCAAUCGACACCAUAUGUCCUCUACCGAUGGCUCAGCACCGGCGCGUUCCUCCUUACCUUCUUCCUGCGCAUCUUUCUUGCACAGGGCUGGUAUAUUGUGGCGUAUGCCCUUGGCAUCUACCUCCUAAACCUCUUCCUCGCCUUCCUGCAACCCAAGUUCGACCCUUCAAAUGAUGCCAUCGACAACGAGAUGGAGGACGGCUCCGUGGGUGCCCUUCCGACCAAGCAGGACGACGAGUUCAAGCCCUUCAUCCGCCGCCUGCCCGAGUUCAAGUUCUGGUACUGGGCCACACGCGCCAUCGUCAUCUCCUUCUUCUGUUCUUGGUUCGAGAUUUUCAACGUGCCAGUCUUCUGGCCAAUUCUCGUCAUGUACUGGUUCAUGCUCUUCAUCCUCACCAUGCGCAAGCAAAUUCAGCACAUGAUCAAGUAUCGCUACGUUCCCUUUACUUUCGGCAAGAAGAGCUACGCGAAGAACAGCUCAGCACGAUUCACUCGCUUGGGCAUUAGCUUUGGGCAAAUCAUCGGGCGACAGCGACUUGGAGGGUACUGCCUUGGGUCGAGUGACUCGAGUCCCUCUAUCAAAAGCCAUAUCAUAGCCAUGAGGCUGAAUGUACGAGAUCACCAGCAUCCUGCAUCCCGGAGGCUGGGAACCCUUCUGUUGCCUGUGAACCUUGGAGGACAAGGCGAUGCCACCCAUUGGCCAGCCUUGUGCAUUAGCUCCAUCCUCUUGCCUCGCAGCGGCGAGCGCAUGAUCCAUCAGGAUUUUAUCGCGAGAAUUCGAUACUCCAACGCCCUCCCUCCACCACCCAAUCCCCCCAAGCUGCUAGACAUUCGAAACACUGGGCUUGCCAGCGGCCAAUACACCAACCCAAGUUUUGCAUCACGCCUAGCAAGGGAGCAACCUUUGAACAUCGAGGCUGAUGCCGAGCUUGGCAUGCCUCUGGACCUGGUGGGAAUGCCAGGAAUCUUUGAUGGUGAUGAGAGCUCAAUCCAACCAUCCACGUCGCAACCACACCUCCACCCCCACGAUAGGCCUCUGCUCCGCCCUCUCUCGACACUAGGCAGGCCGAAGGGCUCCGACACAGCCGUCUCCUUCCUGCGCCGCACUGAGUACAUCUCGUCGGUAGCAAAUAAGCGCGGCGCCCCUGCUGCCUCGACGGCCUUCCUUCAGCCGAAGCUCAAGCGGCCCGAGAAGCGACCGGCUCCCGAGCCGGACGUUGAUUCGCCAGCGGCCAUCCGACGCAAGAUUGAAAAAUCUUUCGAGAAGGCUCUGCGCGUCAUUAACGAUCCUCGCACCCUACCGCAUCCGACCAAGAGGCAAAAUAUUCGCAUUGUUGAUUCCCGGCCUCUGCUGCCCGAUUUGGAUGCCCUCCCCGAUUCGGGUGCCUACGUUACUGUCAAGUUGCAGACCAACCCUGUCCCUUCCUCGUCCACGUACGACCGCCGUCUACUCAGUGCCAUCCUUCAGCCUAUCGACAAAACGGCGGAGGAGGAAGCGGCUUUCCAGGCCGCCGUCGAAGCACAUACCCGCGCACCCGAUAGAUUCCCGAAGCCUUUGAACCUCCUGGAUUACAAUUUCUUCGUUCCCAAGACCCAGGAAGUUGGUGAGCGCUUCCGCGUGGCGUUUGACAUCGAUAACCCCGACCGCGACGCUCCCGAGUUGGCCACUCAUACCUCGUCUGUGCUGGGCCCGUGUUUCCCGUUUUCCCGCCUGCGGAGCUAUGAAACUGUUAAGGAGUCAGAAUUUGAUGCGGUGGACAAGUUCAGCGAGGAGCUGAUUCUCACAUUCAAUGACGACGAGAACAGUCUCGUAGGUGACGACGGCACUGUGAUCCGACAGAAAGCGGCGUACUUCUAUCCCGUCAUCCAGCGCACCACCAUUCGCCCCCAGCGCUCCAAAAACAUCACUCGCACUCUAAGCCAGACUGACGAAGAGAAGACGGUCAGCCAAAUUAACGUCGCCGUCAGGGAACCUGAUGCGGAUUUGCGGGAGCUGUUGGCCAAAUAUAAAGCUCACCCGCUGCUGAGUCAUGCCGAAGCCACGGAGGAAGAUGCUGAAGCGGACAAAGGGGACGAAGAGGCUCGCCAGCUUGGCUCGCAGGACGGCCCUUUGGGGGACGAUGCUUCCGAGGAGGAGCGCGCCCAGGGGGCAACACGUUCGAGCCGAACGCCAUCAGAAAAGGAUGCCGAGCUUGAUGCGGACGACCGCAACAGCAAGCGCAUAUGGCAGAACGAACGCAGUGCGAGCCGUAGCAACUCGUACAUAAUACCCAUAUAUGCGGUCGCCUCAUAUGACGCUCCUGCAGGAGAUUUCAAUCUCUGCAUCAAGCGGGAGAAGCAGUAA